AGUCAAGGAAAAAGAUCGCUCCCAAUCCUACUCAACAUAGGCAAACUCCAUAUAAACUCUACAUUAUUUAACCGCUAUAUCUCUUUCCAAUAUCACAAAAUUACACCAAAAUCCCAAUUCAAGAAUCUCACCAGUCACCAUACGCUUAAUUAAUUUACCCUCUUCUCACAAAUCACCAUGGCUGAAAUCUUAAGAACCCAAACUCAAACCUUAUUCUGCACUGUCCCAUUCUACGAAGACCAAAUCAAAGUAACAGUUACAAAAAAAGCUUCCAUAGUUGAUCAAUGGAUCGGCCAAACAAUUCACAUUCACCGUAAAAGACUCCAUAAACUCCUUAUUGGUUUAGACAUUGAGUGGUUAGCGGCGCGUACUAACCACGACAACCAAAAUCCUGUUGCGCUUCUCCAGCUUUGCGUUGGUCGUCGUUGCCUUUUAUUCCAACUCCUCCAUGCAGACUACAUACCGAACUCUCUUUAUGCUUUUCUUGGAAACCCUAAUUUUACGUACGUAGGUGUUGGUGUGCAUGGGGAUGUUUUGAAGUUGUUUAAUGAUUAUGGGUUGGUUGUAGCGAACCCAGUUGAUUUGAACAGGUUAGCAGUUGUUGUUAGGGAAGUUGAGGAGUAUGGGAGGAUAGGGUUGAAGAGAAUGGGGUUUGAAGUUCUUGGUAAAGUUAUGGAGAAGCGUUUUAGUGUUACUAUGAGUCAAUGGGAUGCUGAAGAUUUGGUGUAUGAACAAGUUGAAUAUGCUUGUAUUGAUGCUUUUGUGUCUUUUGAAAUUGGGAUGAAUUUGUUUUCUGAGAUGUUGAACACAGUGGUGUAUUGAUUGUUUGGUAUCUUGUACUGCUAUUGAUUAAUUCCAAUGAAUGUGUAUAAAUUUGUGUUCUAAUUUCUCCUUUAAAGAAUUUUUGA